AUGCGUCGCUUUACCGUACGCCGCUCUACACCUCGCUUCAUGGUAUCUGAUAACGGAUCAACAUUCAUUGCAGCAGCAAAUGAACUAACUAAAUUGAUGAACGAUCGAACUGUUCAACAACAUCUCUCCAUCAACAAAAUCACAUGGCGGUUUAAUCCGAAACGCAUGCCUUGGGCAGGUGGACUGUUUGAAAGGAUGAUAUCAAUAACAAAGAAGUGUAUACGCAAGGUAUUGGGGAAGGCUAACGCAAGUUUUAUUGAAUUAUCAACUUUAUUAUCCGAAGUGGAAUCUGCAGUAAAUGACAGACCUUUGACUUAUCUGUCGCCAAGUGUUGAUGAUUUAUCACCCCUGACGCCAUCCCAUCUCCUAAAUGGUCGUCCACUACGAAGUCUGCUUCAAAUCAAUGCCAGUGACCCUAAUCCUAAUUUCGAACUGAAUAACAUUACUGCUAACAAUCGAGUGCAGUACCUCUCUACAUUGCAGAAUGGUUUCCGCAAACGCUGGGUAAAUGAAUAUCUGACUUCCCUUACUGAGCGACACUUGUACGAAAUUAAGGGAACCACAUCAAAUCGUAUUUGUGUUGGAGAAAUUAUUUUGAUACACGAAGAUGUUACUAAACGUGUGACAUGGCAGCUAGCACGAGUUACCCAACUUCUACCUGGAGCUGAUGGAAUUGUUCGUGUUGUUGAAUUAAAAACCAAGCAUGGUAAGACUAAUCGACCGGUACCUCGCCUAUACCCGCUUGAACUGAAUGCAGAAACUCCUGAGAACUUACCUGUUCUAAUCACUAAAGAAACGGACAAUUACUUGCCUGUUGCCACUGACAACGAAAUAUACUCUUUGAACACAGUAAGACCCUUGAAAUCGAAAAGGGCUGCUGCGAUACAGGCCGCUGAACGAAUUCACUUACUACAAGAUGAGAAUCUUGUAUAA